AUGUAUAAUGAUGAAAUAUAAUUCGAAUUACAUAAAUAACAAUAAUAAACAUUUUAAAGAGGAAAUAAAUUAAGUUAAUUGAGUAUAAUAUAAAUGAAUAUUUUUAGUGAUUGUGCCUUCGUUAACUACUUCUACUGAAAAAGCAUAAAUCACUAUAAAUAAAUUCAUGCAACUCUAUCAACCAACUAAUAAUAAAGAACCUAAUACAAAAGAAGAUAUAAGAAAAAUGAUGAGAAGGAUAUCAUAAUAAAAAUUACUUCAGCUUGAAUAUUCGCCGAUAAAAGAGUCUAUACUACUUUAGCUGCUGCUUAAAAAGUAUUAUAAAUUAGAAAAGUGUCUGA